GGGAAUCCGCCUAAUUUCAUUAGGGCCGUAGUGGGGGAAACGUGGGAGAGAAGUACGCGGGGACAAAAAUAUAACACGUGGGGUGUCUUUCAUGUUAAUUGCCUCCCUAUGGAAAUUGGAUUUCAUACAAUUUCAUACAAUACAUUUUUUCCUACCUUCAAAUAAUCGAUGUCAGCAAUACGCUGAACCUUGCAACAGCCACCUGUCAUUGCCACACCCAGUCAUCUCGAAGCUCGUGUAUUAUUGGUUAAUGGCCAGAGUGGUUUGGGAUUGGUGGCUGUCUGACUGUAAGUAGCGCUCAUACCCCGCCCAGUCCGUACUCCUCCUGUCCGCUUUUUUAAUUUUAUUAAGAAGAUUCAGAUGUCAACUGUAUACUGGCAUCAACGUGGCGAAUACGGGGAAGAUGUCGUCUUAGCCUCACAUGAGUAGAAUCCAAUAUUUUGUGGAUAUUUCGGUAUAACGAUUAUUAUUGGUAGGCUAUUGACGAUCCCUAAAGCAUCCCAAACGCAAAGAUUUGGACGAAUACAAACACUGAGGACUUUCAACUAACAAAUUAUUCGGCAGAAGAGUGUCAAGAAACGCGACGGGAACUCCGUUACACCAACAGCAAUCCGUCUGUAUAGCGCCUGACUGGGACUGGGACAGCUAGGGUACGAGUGCAAGGAGGACAUGCAAGAGGAUCCCGACCGACGGGUACUACAAUGGAGCCAAAGGACAGAAGAAGAGCAGCAGAAGCAGCAGCUCAAAGGGACAAGGCAGCCUAUGAACACUUCACACGAGACCAGCACUUUGCAGACAGCCUGGUGGACUCCCUGAUCUCCGACAUGCUUGUGGAUGAGCUGAUUCCCGAUGUGCUAGCCGAGCUCUUCUCACGGCCUUCUCUUCAGGUCUCUGGGAUGGACAAGACCCAAGCAGAAGGACAGCGCCGCUUUGCGAAACAUCUGCAGAGGUUCCCAGCCGUACCUCGGGACCAGGAUGCCCGUGCUGAACUUGCACAGCUGGUGGACAGCCACCUAACCCGGGCGGCCCUGAACGACUGCACAUCAACGCUUGUGAGCGAAACAGUCUCUAUUCUGGUACCUGCACUGGUGCAAGAAGCCAUGGAUGAGUUGGCAGUGGACACCUUCCUAGAAGAAGACCUGAUCCCUGAAGUUGUGGAGGAAGAAGUAAGGAUGGCAGUCAGGUUGGCGCUGAGUGAGCACACUUCUGCAACCUCCCAGCAGCAACUGGCACAGGUCCGGCGCUGCGCUGCUAAUAGGCUGAUGGACUCUCUUCAGAUGGAUGGACUGCUGGACCUGAUGGCUGCCCAGGACGGCCUGUUCUCCCAGAAGCAGCAGGCGGCCCGACUUCUGGACGGCUGCAUGCUAGAGCUCCUGUGCCACCAGUACCUCGCCUCCUGCCUACUGCGGGACACCACCCUCCAGAACCGCCCAAUCCGACGCUACCAUCGUCGUCUGUUUUCUCAGGUCGCACUGGAAGCGAUGCUGACACGGCUGGAAGGCUCCCUGCAGGAGGACGCUGAAGACUGGCUGGAGUACGAGAAGGACAUGCAAAUGGACGUCAUGAUGGAAGGCCGCUGAUGGACAAAAAUAGACGAGUAGGAUGCCCUGCAAGUGUGUGUGUGUGUGUGUGUGUGUGUGUGUGUGUGUGUGUGUGUGUGUGUGUGUGUGUGUGUGUGUGUGUGUGUGUGUGUGUGUUUGUUUGUUAUGGAGGCCAAAAGCGAUCACAGGCUCUACCAUCCAAAGUCUGAGGCUGUGCCACUGCUUUCUUGGAUAAGACAGGUGACGAUGGAAGCGGAGAGAUUUUACAGCAUGUCUCUGAGGAGGUGGCACAACCGUAAAACAUCCACCAGGUGGCGCUGAGGAGGCAGUUGACUAAAUCGGACAAAACAAAAUUGCAACUGCUGCCUAAUUCAACAAAUGCCAUCCUGCCAGCACUUCUCAUGAUGCACACUUGUGUUUACAGUCCCCAUGCGAUGCCAUCACUUUGCACACUGCCACUGUCACUUUAGUACUGGCCCAUCUUUUACUGAUUGGCAACUGAGCCAGUUACUUUCUGUACUGACUGGUGCCUGUUACUGGGUAAUUGACCAGAUGUAUUCUCCAUCUUUCUGCCGUGCAACAGAAUUGGAACCCCCACUUCCAGAGGUGCACCUCCAUCUUUCUGCCGUGCAACAGAAUUGGAACCCCCACUUCCAGAGGUGCCCUGUGGUGGGCUGGCGCCCUGCCUGGGGUUUGUUUCCUGCCUUGCGCCCUGUGUUGGCUGGGAUUGGCUCCAACAGACCCCCGUGACUCUGUGUUAGGAUAUAGUGGCUUGGAUAAUGACUGACUGAGUUCCAGAGGUUAGGGACCCCACCUUUUGGGUAGUGCGGUGGUGGAUUGUUAUAAUGCGCAUGUCCUCUGAAGUCAGAAAAAAACAGAUUUGUUUGUUUGGCAGAUUUGUUUCAAUUGGGGAUGAAAAAUAUAAGGAGUCUGGGAAAGGCGCGAUCUAUCAAUCCUUGAAUUAUCCAACCCGCUAAAUAAAGUGUAUUAUUACUAUUAAUAGUUAAAGAUUUAGCGAUUCCAUUGUUUAUUUCUUCUUGUUCCAGUAAUACAUGUCGUUAUUCUUCCUGCCUCCACACUUCUGUAUUAACAGGCUCGUGCUCGGUGUGUUCGAAAUGCCCUGCUGUAAGCGGGGAGCCAUAUGGCCUGAAAACUGACAUCUUGCUCUGGCACUACGGAACACUCAAGAAAUCAGAUAUACAGGCAUACGAAUCAUGUUACACGCGGAGCCUGCAAAUAAAAACACGCAAGCAGCACGUGGAAAAGCCGUUUCUCAUGACAUAUACUUGAACUGGCAUCUUUCAAACACGCCGCACCUUUGCCUGGACUAGUUGGUUUCCCAUUGAAGUCUGAAGUUUAACAGCAGCUCCUUUUAAAGCGAGGGUCUUUUACCUGUCGGUCCCUGUGCGGUCCUGCAGAUUGCUGGGAAUUGAAGUAAACUCAGUAGCCAGUGGUGCCACAGGAUCGUCCCAGCACGGAGCUUUUUGUUGGACUAUAGAUUACAGCAAUGCCGCUACGCCUGUGCGGGAUUGUAAAUGAUGUGCACUUCUGCCAUUCAAACAUAUAGACCCACCCACCAGGCACUCCUAUGUCCCGCCCACUCUGUUUAAAUGUGUGCACUUCUGCCAUUCAAACAUGUAGACCCGCCCACCCAGGCUCCGAGGCACUCCUAUGUCCCGCCCACUCUGUUUAAGCGCUAGCAGACCAACUUCUUCUGCCCU